AUGAACGACACCAUGAACGACACCAUGAACCACACCAUGAACGACACCAUGAACCACACCGUGAACCACACCGUGAACCACACCAUAAACCACACCAUGAACGACACCAUGAACCACACCAUGAACGACACCAUGAACCACACCGUGAACCACACCGUGAACCACACCGUGAACCACACCAUGAACCACACCAUGAACCACACCGUGAACCACACCGUGAACCACACCGUGAACCACACCGUGAACCACACCGUGAACCACACCGUGAACCACACCGUGAACCACACCGUGAACCACACCGUGAACCACACCGUGAACCACACCGUGAACGACACCAUGAACCACACCGUGAACGACACCGUGAACCACACCGUGAACCACACCGUGAACCACACCGUGAACCACACCGUGAACCACACCAUGAACCACACCAUGAACCACACCAUGAACCACACCGUGAACCACACCGUGAACCACACCGUGAACCACACCGUGAACCACACCGUGAACCACACCGUGAACCACACCAUGAACCACACCGUGAACCACACCAUAAACCACACCAUGAACCACACCGUGAACCACACCGUGAACCACACCGUGAACGACACCAUGAACCACACCAUGAACCACACCAUGAACCACACCAUGAACCACACCGUGAACGACACCAUGAACCACACCGGCAGAGAGUGCAGUGACGAAGACUCUCUGGCCUGA